CUGUAAUCUGCGCGUUUCGCCUCAAUCCUCUCUACACAGAGUUCAUGCGUGUCUUCGCCUGCAUUGGGUGCUUCUUGCGUUGGUUGCCGUCUGCACAUUGCCGUUGCGCUUAAGGCGCUCACAUGGAAGACUUACCUCAUCUUCAUGGCCUGGGACGUUGUCGGCGUGAUCGUCAUUUACACGUUCACGGUCGAGACGAAGCAGCUCUCGCUCGAAGAGCUCGACGAGGUCUUCAGCGCCAAGAACCCCAAGCAGGCAUCGUUCGAGCUCGCGCGUGCGGCGCGCGAGGGAGGAGCGCAAGACGCUCGCUGCCGCGGGUUUGUAGGCUGGCUGAGCCAGCUGACGAGCGGAACGGGGUGAAGCGACUGAAGAUGCAAGAAGAGAGGAAGAGGCGAAGAGAAGGGGUCAGGAGGCGGGGCAGUGGGAGAUACGUAGUCAAGGGGAUAAUAGGAUUGUUGUAGGGAUGCUUAUGCGAUACGAUCAGCAGCCACACAGCGGACGGCGUUGUUUUGCCAGUGUCCACCAGGAGACACAGAUAGCGAUAACCGUCG